AUGACAACUGAUAUGGAAACAGUUCAAUCAAAUACAUCAAUUGAUGAAAAAACAACGAUGACUUUGAAGAUAUUAUUUAUUCAUGAACUUAGCAAUGAAAUUGAUCUUACAUUAUUUAAAAAUAAUGCAUAUAUUCUAUUUGUUAUAUCAAAUUUUUUGACUAGUCUUGGUUUUAAUAUGCCCGAUAAUUUUGCUAAUAAUAUAGCUAUUGAUGAAAAUAUUAUUGAACAUCGUCGACAUUGGAUUAUUAUGUCAAUUGGUAUUAAUAAUUGUAUUGGUCAUGUUAUAAUUGAAUUUCUUGGUUAA